AAAAAAAAAAAAUCCUCUUUUAUUUCUUCUCUGCGGGACACACACUUUUAAUAUUGGACAUUUAAAUUUUUUACACCGACAAUGUGCCGUUUCGUGGAUUGAUUUUGAUAUUCAUUAAGAUAAUCCUGGGCAUUUAAAUGUAAUUCUUCUGUUGUAUCGAUCUGGGGAAACUCGUGUACAUUAUUUAUCAUGCUUUGCCGCCAUCUUUGUUUACAUUCCGUAACCAACCACCCUCGUGAAACAGAAUUUAGCGGACUGGUUAUAUACGGGGAAUCAAAAUGAAUUUAUGAAUAUUCUUAUCUGAUUUUCAUAAGGUAUUCCCGUAAAAUGGCGGAAAGUCAUGUGCUGGAGGAUUUCCUCACCGGAAAUGACGUACCCAGUAAUCUCCCAUACCUGCAUCUUUCUUUCUUUGCCCACUGCUUUAUUCCACGCCGCUACGUCGAAACUAUGAAUCCGACCAAGACUCCAACAGUCGUGGGUAGCUUUAGCGAGGGUCUUCGACUUCCAUCUUUCGUUGUGCUGAAACCGGACGGAACAUUCGCAAAGAAACAUUUGGUCAAAGAACCGACUGUAGUUUUCCUUCACGUCAAGGAAGUCCAGAUAUCACUUCCUUCUGUCACUGAUGCAGACACCUGCCAUUACAUUAUUUGUAAUGAAAACGUCCAUGCUGGAUAUUGCCGAUUAAAAGUUCUUCAAAAUGGAAGCAAUGAAAACGAGGCAGAUUUGUCCGUGACAAAGAAAGGGGUCAUAUACUUAGGCAGCAGCUUAUCAAGGAAGAAAUUCCAGACAAAACUUUCUUCAAAUAAAAAGGCAAUAGAUUCCAUGAUGGAUACACUUUUAAAUAAUGGUACCGGGAAUGGCCUCGACAUGAAAUUUUCAGAUUUAUUUACUGGAAUACCUGAGAAUUCCCUUGACCUCAGACGUCCGUUUACCUCUUUAGGACUGCGUGGGGUAUUAAUGAGUGCGAGGCAAGAAAGGUAUAAACAAAACGAAUCUCAGCAAUCACCGGAACAGACAGGUCUUAUAUCGGAAGUGGAACCAUCAGAAGUCUCGCAUGAACUCGCACUUCCUUAUCCUGGAUGGCCGUCACAAGCAGAUGAAUGGAGAUCGAGAAAACGUCUGCAAAACUGGCCUUCCGAGAGUACCAUUGAGAAAGUAGUGCAGUCGGGCUGCCAUAUUGUGCCCACGUCUCACUGCAAAAGUUCCCAGUCCGACAUUGAGUGGAGGGUAUCCUUUGCUCUUGCUGAGAAGACAUUGGUAAUUGAAGAACUUGCCGACUCCCAGAGACAAUGUUUUCUGUUGUUUGAUAUGCUCUGUGUUCAUGUGAUAUCGGAGGGAAUAAUAACACAGCAACACAUACGCUCUACAUUCUUUUACGCAUGCGAGAAUCUGAGUCCUACUCUCUGGCAUAAGAACCCCGCUUAUUGUAUUCUCUACCUCAUGGAUCAACUUAUUGAUGCAGUGAAGCAAAAAUUUCUCCCCGACUAUUUUAUAAAGAAAAACAACCUUUUAGAUCAUUUAUCUGAUGUUCAGUCCUCCCAGUUAGAGAGAAGAUUUACCACAAUCCGUCGAAGACCCUUGGAAGAACUAUUUUCUCUGUCGGAAAACUACACAAUAUUGGACAUCUUUCCUUACAAUACUGACGUGAAAAAGAUAUUUGCUCAAGUUCUGGCCGACGCGAAAGGAUAUAAAUCUCCCAAUCAAGCACAGAAGUCAGUAGAGAGUUUCAUGGUGGUCUGCAACGGAUUGUGCAAUGGAUUUUAUAACGAAUAUGGGUUUGAUCAUUGUGCUGCCAUUUUUGAAGAUGUCAUAGACAAUUUCGUGGUCCCAAUUUACGGUAAGGCCGAGGCUGAUCGACAGAGAGAGUAUGUCCCCCACCUUUUGAACGAAAAAAACAUAGAGUUCAGUAAUGUUCUGCAGGUUGAAGAAAUCUGGAAACCCAUCACGUUUUGUCGAUUUCUGAUCACCAGAUAUGUGGACGGCAAGAAAGGGGCGGGGCUCUAUGAACACCUGGCUUGCUUAUAUCACGCAGCAUCGUGUGUAUUUAAGGCCAACAAACGUGAUUUGUUACAAAAAGCCGACACGAUGUUUCAGGAGGCAAUGGAAAGGGAAGGUGAAGGUCACGGCGCAGGCUUAUUCGUCGAAUAUGGUCACUUCCUAUGUGCUUGUGAGAAAUAUACUGAUGCCGUUAAAAUUUUAAGACAGGCUGUUGAAUCGGAAAAAGAAAAUCCUACUAGCGUGAAUUACUACGGAAAGAUGGAAUCCAUGACAAUGGACGAAAAGAUACAGAAGGAAAUUAGCAUGACCGGAAGUUUAGAACUCUUGUCCAUCAUAUACGCAUAUUAUUUGUUAAUCGAAUGUUUUAUCCAAACCAAAAAAGAAGGGAAUUUGACCACCACCGUGCAAGACAUGGAGCAGACAUGUGAUCGAGUCAAAGAUCCGAGGGCGUAUUCCCUCCUCGGUUAUAGCCUUCUGAAGACCAAAGAGAAAGAAAAAGCGCUGGGGGCAUUUAAAUGCGCUUUAGAUCUUGAUCCCAAAUACAAACUAGCGAAAGAAAACAUUGCAAAAAAUAAGAAGAAAAAGUAAUUCUUUUGUAGAUGCCCAGAAACCCUCCAAUCAAUGUAAAUGUACAUGAAUUAUUUAAAAAAUAAAUAAAUUGACACGCAUACAAAAUA